ACCUAUCUCGAGCUUUUCCUAUCAUGUAAUAUACUUUUCCUUUGCCGCUUCGGUAAUAUACUAGUUAUCAUUGCGAGCAGGUAUACAAACCAUGGACCGAAAAUUACAGGAUUUGGAAGAGUCGUGUAUUCGACAAGCUACAGUCACUCCACAAUGGCUGCCUGGCGGCGAUGCCUUUUGGUAUAUGCGAGUAACCGAAUCGGAGAAAUCGCAGUUCAUACUAGUAGACUGCGUUAAAGGAACUUGUCAAACAGCAUUUGACCACAAUGGGCUCGCGGAAGAAUUGAGUAGGUGUACAGAGCAGAACGUAAGCACUCAUGACUUACCGUUCUGGUGGAUCAACAUAGCCCGCGAUGGUACGUGGAUGCGUUUCCAGCUCGGUGAGCAGACUUGGCAAUACAGCCAGGAUGGCAAGCUUGAACCUUGGCAUGGAGAAUUUGUCAAAGGCGACUUUGAGAAUGGCUGUAAGGAAGUUCCUUCGCCAGAGUCACGCCACCCGAGCUCCAUCACUUUUAAGAAUCACACGACGAAGCCAAUCACUUACUCGUGGAUCAAUAAUUCCGGAGAGCCUACUUAUUAUGGAACACUAUCAGUAGGUCAAGUCAAAACACAGCAAUCUUAUGUCGAUCAUAUCUGGCGGGUGGCCAUUGAGAAUCCGGAGAAGAGAGUCGCCUUUGCUGUGAAGAGCAGUCCGUCUUCUGCUGUCAUUGAGGAACUGCCUAAGAGUCUCGCUCUCAGAUGGGAGACAGACAAAUCAACCGAGGACUUCGACUCUGGUGAAGGUCCAGUGGACCCGAAGUCAGCACCACAGGCUUUUGUGCGAGACUUUAACAUCUGGGUCAAGGAUACGGAAGAGAUAGAAAGUCAGAUAUCCUUCGAUGGUUUCGAAGACAACAAGUUCCAGGAUGACUGCAUCUACCCAUCCGCGGACGGGCGGCAUGUAGUGGUCUGGCAGUGUAAGCCAGCAUCUAGGCAUGCCAUUCACAUGGUGGAGUCGUCACCCGAAGACCAGCUUCAGCCAAAACUAAACACUAUCCAAUACCUCAGGCCAGGUGAUAACGUGGAGGUGCAGAGACCCCGCCUCUUUGACCUGGUGGCUCGGCAUGAAAUUUCCGUUGAGGACACUCUAUUCAGGAAUCCCUAUGCCCUUACCAAUAUUGGUUGGUCAAAGAAUGGCAAGAAUUACCGGUUCAUCUUCAAUGAACGGGGCCAUCGACAUCUUCGACUGUUGGAAAUCACUCUAAGUGGAACCGUGCAUAUCGUGGUGGAGGAGAAGAGCAGCACUUUCGUGGACUAUGCUCAGAAGUUAUACUACAAAACUUUGGAGCCAAAUGAUGAGCUUUUGUGGGCUAGCGAGCGAGAUGGGUGGAAUCAUCUCUAUCUAUUUGAUCUCAAGGAUGGAAAACUGAAGAACCAGGUCACAAAGGGAGACUGGGUCAUGCGUUCUGUCGAUUCGGUCGAUGAGCACAAACGCUUAAUCUGGUUCACAGGCUUCGGAAUGGUGCCAGGCGAAGACCCAUACUACGCCCACUUGGCGCGCGUCAAUUUUGAUGGGUCAGAUUUACGUAUCGUGACAGAAGGUAAUGGCUCGCACACGUGGAAAUGGGCGCCAGAUAAGCACUAUUUAAUCGAUAGCUGGUCGCGGGUCGACUGUCCACCGCGCACUGUAGUUCGCGAUGCACAAACUGGAAAACACAUUGUGGAUUUGGAACAGAGGAGGCUGGAUAUACUUGUUGAAGCUGGGUGGUCGUCUCCAGAAAGAUUUGUGGCCCCUGGACGUGACGGAAAGACAGGUAUACAUGGUAUCAUCGUUCGUCCUAUAGAUUUUAAGGACUCUAAGAAAUAUCCGAUCCUCGAACUGAUCUACGCCGGGCCCCAAAACUACUAUACUCCGAAGACGUUUCAAAGUAUCCCCAACCUCCGCGAACGUGCGAACCAGGGAUAUAUUGUGGUACUUCUCGAUGCCAUGGGUACUAACUGGCGGUCGAAAGCUUUUCAUGACGUCUGCUACAAGAAUCUCAAGGAUGCUGGUUUCCUCGAUCGCAUCGCAUGGAUUCGUGCCGCCGCUGCGACACGCCCUUGGAUGGAUUUGUCUCGAGUCGGGUGCUACGGACACUCAGCCGGAGGUCAAAAUGCCGCGGCGGCCGUGAUGCAUCACGGUGACUUUUACAAAGCGGCAGCCGCAUCGGCGGGUUGUCAUGACAAUCGCAUGGACAAGCUAUGGUGGAAUGAGUUGUGGAUGGGCUAUCCCGUCGAUGACAGCUAUCGGGAAUCAUCCAAUGUGACUCAUGCGUAUAAGCUUAGCGGGGCAUUGAUGCUAGUGGUCGGAGAGUUGGAUACGAAUGUCAAUCCUGCGUCGACGAUGCAGGUGGUGAAUGCGCUGAUUAAAGCGGACAAGGAUUUUGAUUUGGUGUUUAUCCCAGGCGGCGACCACCAGGUGAUACAGCUACCCUAUGUGAUAAGAAAGCAAGAACGUUUCUUUAAGCGGCACUUACAAGACUGCUAAUCGACACGAAAGGUUAAAUAGAAAGAGAUAUGGGAUCAAGCUAACGUAUUAUCGAGAAAGCGCACUAUCACGACAUUUUAUAGUCAUAACUUUAGUAUACUAGACUAAGCGAAGCGCCCUCGACUAUUCCGGGAACUGUUAUUAUACGCUUAGGAAAGGGUGUGGCAUACUUGUGGCUAACGUCAGGGUGGCUAGUUGCUAUAGCCUUCAACUAACGCAUUUCGAUGGUAAUAGCUUAAAAGGCUCACUUAAUCACAUAUGACUUAUAUGUAGUCUUCGUUUAA